CCAUGCUAUCAAUGCGAGGAAAACCUCACAUCUUCUCAAUCGUCUCUACAAAGCCUCACAGCAGCUGAAGUACGUUCAAGACAGCCACCAUGUCUCCAAGCGCUCAAGCACCGCCAACCAUAAUCUCCGCCUCACAAACCCCCGAAGAAGAGCGCAACAUCACCACCGCAAAGCAAUACAUGGCCAUCGCCUACUCCCCGACCGAGAACCACGGCGCCGAGUCCGUCCGCCACCUCUGCCACCCAGACAGCUGGUUCUGGAGCCCGUCCACAUUUCCCGGCUGCUGCACCCCGAUGGACUACGCCGACUCGCACGCCACCGUCAUGCAGUCGGUCAACGACCUGCACAUCGUGCGGUACGAUCAGGCCUGGGCCAAGGACGGCCACGUCCUGCUGCGGUACACCGCCGAGGGGUCGCAUGCGGGGAAGCCGUACAAGGGGAUCGAGAGGUCCGACCCCCCCAAGCGGGCGCAGUGGAGCGCGGCGGCCAUCUUUGAGAUCAGCGAUGGGAAAGUCAAAAGCUUCACCAAGGACUGGGAUCAGAAGGUGAUGCAGAUUCAACUCGGUUGGGCGCCUGUGAAGGAGUCGGAAGAUCCGCGGUGGGAAGCGGAGAUUCUGGCCAAUCCCGAGAAGGGCCGGCAGGCAAAGUAGGGACGGAGGUUCUGGGAGCAAGGUGAAUCACGAUAAGUUGGGGGUCUUUGAGGGUCGAUGUUCGUGUUGGUAGAGUAGAAUGGUAUGAUA